AGGCCACGCCCCUCACUGGCCCAGCUUUGCCCCCCCAAGUGUUUUUGUCUGGCCAGAAUGUGUCCCUGGACUGUGCCAAUGCCUCUCGGCCCUCCAGAUAGCACGGGGAAUUGUCCCCUGUCUGAAACCCUGGAGAGCUGCUGCCAGUCAUUGUAGACAGUACUGAGCUGGAUGGAGCAACGGUCUGACUUAGUAACAAGGCGGCUUCCUCCAUUCCUAAAUAUUUGGGUGCUUGGGUGCUAAGCUGAGUGGCACCAGCGAUGGUGCCAGCUUUGAUGGCUUUAAAAGAUGACAAAUCCCUGGAGGAUAUGGAGGACAGCAAUGGCUACUGAGCCUGAUGGCUGUUCUGCUGCCAGUGUUGGAGGCAGAAUGCCUUUAAAUGGCAGUUGCUGGGAAUCUCAACAAUGUCCAGAAUCAGAAUCUCUUCUUGGCUACAUUUGCCGCUGUGCUGGGGCCACUCAGCUUCGGGUUUGUCCUUGGCUAUAGUUCCCCAGCCAUCCCGAGCCUCAAGGAAAGCAGCAACCCAGAUUUAAGAUUGGAAGGCAGUCAAGCCUCUUGGUUUGGGUCUGUCGUAACGCUGGGCGCCGCAGCUGGUGGCAUUCUGGGCGGCUACAUCGUGGAUAAACUGGGCCGGAAGCUCAGCCUGAUGCUCUGUGCUGUCCCGUACGUGUUUGGCUUCACGGUCAUCAUUUUGGCUCAGAACGUCUGGAUGCUUUACGUAGGCCGGCUGCUGAACGGCUUGGCUAGCGGGGUCACGUCCUUGGUGGUCCCGCAGUAUCCUGCUACUCUAAACAGCUGUGCCUUCCCCAAAGGAUCCUGCCCUUUGUUCAGGGUGCUGACGGGAGUGACCUCAUCCCCUGACGGAGCUACAACUCCCAGAGUGGCAAGGGCCCAGAAUGUUUAUAUUUCCGAAAUAACCCAUUCUAAAGUUCGAGGGACGCUCGGCUCAUGCGUUCAGCUGAUGGUGGUGACGGGCAUCUUGGGGGCGUACAUAGCAGGGACGGGGCUGGAGUGGCGCUGGCUGGCGGUGCUGUGCUCUCUCCCACCGUGCUUGAUGCUCGGUGUCAUGGCUUUCAUGCCCGAAACGCCUCGUUUCCUGCUGAGUCGGAAUCGGCGGCCAGAGGCCAUCGCGGCUUUGCAGUUCCUGCGGGGGCCCCUGGUGGACCACGAGUGGGAAUGCAGGGAGGUUGAAGUGAACGCCAGAGUACAGGAGGACCUGAGCAUCGCCGAGUUCAAGAACCCCGCCAUCUACAAGCCGUUCCUCAUUGGCAUCACCAUGAUGUUCUUUCAGCAAGUAUCGGGGAUCAAUGCCGUCGUGUUCUAUGUGGAAACCAUCUUUGAAGAAGCCAAGUUCAAGAACAGCGGUGCCGCUUCCAUCAUCGUGGGGUCCAUCCAAGUCUUUUUCACAGCGGUGGCUGCUCUUAUCAUUGAUAGAACGGGACGAAAAAUCCUUCUGGUCGUAUCAGGGCUCAUUAUGGCUGCCAGCACCGCCGUCUUCGGGAUCUAUUUCAAAAUAGCGCACGUGAUCCCCAGCAACUCUUCCCAGGUCGACUCGCCCAACUCCCCCCUGAGUGCUCUGCUGGCAGCCAAAGAACAGGACCUCGCGUGGCUGGCGGUGUUCAGCUUGAGUCUCUUCGUCAUGGGCUUUGCCUUGGGCUGGGGCCCGAUCCCGUGGCUGGUGAUGUCUGAAAUAUUCCCUCUCCGAGCUCGAGGAGUAGCCAGUGGCGCGUGUGUCUUAACAAACUGGCUCAUGGCCUUUCUCAUCACCAAGGAGUUUCACGACCUCAUGGUCUUGCUAACUCCUCACGGUACUUUCUGGCUGUUUUGUGCCACCUGUCUCCUCAAUGUGGUGUUCACUCUACGCUGCGUUCCCGAAACGAGAGGGAAGAGCCUGGAGGAGAUAGAGGCUUAUUUCCGAAGGUCACAUUAGCCAUUUGCAAUCUUAAUUGGGGAAACUUCUCCUCCCCUUAAUCAUGGACUUAAUGAAGGUGGUGGUGGGCGAAACUCCUUCCUCCUCCCGUUUUCACAAGAGAUUUGCACAAAUGUAAGUUCUUCAUGUGCUUCAGCUGGGCCCAGAUCAGCUUCUGUUUAAUGAAUGGGAUCACAAAGGCGCGGGCAAGCCAGAAGACAGACUUGUUCUCCGUGGGACAGUGGCCCAACCCUUUUCAGUAUUAACAAAACUGCAUAACAAUAUUGCAGAACAGCAAGCGGGGUGAAGUUUUUGGAAAUUUAGACAUUUCCCAGUUUAAGAAUAAGCUUUGUUGGUUUGUAUUUAAAAACAUGAUUUUUCUCUGUUCCUCA